AUGGCUGGUAAGAACCGAAGGUUGUUACAAAUUCAUCAAAACGCUAUCGUCAGAGAUUUAGACGUAAAAUACAUUCUCGAUGAACUUUUUACCAAGCAAGCAAUAUCUGCUGAGGAUUUUGAUUACAUCUUCAGUCUAAAUGAACGGACAGAUCAAACGAGAUUUCUUCUAGAGCGAUUGUCACAGAGUAAUAACAGUGCUUUCGAGGCUUUCGUAGAUAGUUUGGCGAAGGAUUACAAAUGGUUAUGGGAGUUACUAGCCAUCGAUAAUGUAGAGAUGGUUGAUGAUAGUUUUGAGGACAGCCUCAGUAGAGGCGAUGUACCGAGGCUGCCAGAUCAUUUUGUCAAAAGAUCAUCUUUGGAAAAAGAAUUGUUAGCAAAAUUACAUCAACUGCCGCGGCGGGAAAUUCUGGUUCUCCAUGGAAUGUCAGGCUGUGGGAAGACUACAUUAGCAAUAAAUGUGUUGCGAAGUAAUUCUCAACUUAUCACUUCGAAUUUUAAUGGCGUAGUGUAUUGGAUGAAUUUCGGAAAUUGCAAAACGACAGACGAUGUGAUCGCACAACAGAAAGUAUUAUAUCGUAAACUUUUAUUACUCUUACCACACACUUCCUACAUGAAAUCAUCGAUGUCAAUGUCUAGUAUUGCUUCGAAUGCCGAUUCUCUAUCCAACUACGACUUUUCAUGGCCAGAACAGAAGGACAGAUUGAAAAACUUAUUCAGUUCUCAAGAUUCUUUAAAGGAUGGCUUACUCGUUCUUGAUGAAGUGAACGAAAAGAUUUGCGUUGAAGGGUUCGAUAUCGGCUUUAAAAUAUUAGUCACCACCCGUGAUACUGAUGUUGUUAAGGAUUUUCAUCCGCAGAUAAUAAAAGUUGAAAAUCAUUUCUCGGAAGAAGAAUCACUGGAAUUAUUCGCCUCGUGUCUAGAAGUGCAAGCGAACACUCUACCAAGACAAGCGAAAAAGUUACACGAAAUAUGCAAAGGAAGCCCGUUCCUUAUCGCUCUGAUUGGUGCUGAAUUAGCCGAGAACAAAGAGAAACUGGUGCACGACACGAGCCAUUGGAAGGUUUAUACAAAAAAGUUGGGCCAAAAAGAGUUUAUAUCCAAUAUAUCAAGAUCAAACGUAUCCAGCCCAAUAUAUAAUCUCUGUAUAAAUUCCUUAAAACCGGACAUACUUCCACUGUUCAAAAUGCUCGCAAUAUUACCCGACAAUGUAAAAUUUACUGCCAAUGUGCUCAGUAAGCUAUGGAAUAAACCUACCAUUGAAGUCGACAGGAUUAUGAAACAACUACGAACCAAAUCACUUGUAAUGGUGUGCUAUGACGAAAAGAAACAUAAUUACACAUAUGAAAUACACGGCCUCAUAAUGGAUUAUUUAAGAACGAGCUCAAAUGAUGAUUAUUUGAAAAAGCUCCAUAAUCACCUCCUAACAAGUUAUAAUUAUGGUGUAAACACUUUCCCUUUACACAUAGAAGAUGAUGGCUACAUAGCGUACUAUGUAGGUUAUCAUAUUGCCAAUACAAAAAAUUUAAACAAUAUGUUGGGUUUAUUCAAGAAAUUGUUUUUAAAUUUAAAGUUCUUGGGCAAUAAAGUGAGAUUGACAGGACCCAGUUAUGUCAUAUCCGACCUGCAGAAAUAUGAGAGCUACAUUGUUGACGAUGAUCUGGAUAGAACGCUAUUAUACAGCAUCAAGAAAUAUUUAAGCACAUAUGGCAUAGACUUAUACAGAUAUCCUUGCACUGAUAUCAUACAGAGUAUUCUCCAGAAUGAAUCUAAGGGUAUCCUUUAUACCGAGGCAUGGCGAAUAGCUCAAGAGAAUUGUAGUAAAAAUGAACUGUAUUUCGAGUUUUUACACGAACAGAAUGUAGAGGAAAUAAAACAUUCAACAAUAGAUGUCAAAGAGCCGAUAAAGUCCGUGUGUUUCCUCGGCGAUUAUAUAUUAGUCGGCACCACUGAGACUGGUGUUAUUAAGUUGUUCCACAUAGGCACGAAUAAGCUGAAGAAGGAGUUGAGAAGUACGGGUUCGACCAUAGAAUGGGUGGGCGCGUGUCCAACCAACCCGCCCUUCGUAGCGGCGCUCGACGCGCGCGGGGUCAUACACGUCUGGUAUAUAGAUGAAGUUGAACAGGACUGUGACGACGUUAUUGAAGAAGAAGCAGAAGAGUCAUACAAUAAUAACUUUCCGAGUAAUUUCACUAUCACUGGACCCAGUCCGUUUCUGAACUGCCGCUGGUCAAAUUGUGAGGAAACUUUGAUAGCACAUACUAUUGACGUCAUCUACGUAUAUAACACUAGCGGGAAUGUUUUAUAUACCCGUGAUUUGUAUAAAGAUAGACCCAUAUAUUUAUGUGUUCCAUGCAAUUUAGACAACUACGUCCUAGUUGCUACAAGCAAUAGUCUGGACAUAUUGAAUAUGAAAACCAAUGAGAAGCAGAGCUUUGAAGAGACGACUAAUGUUCUAGAUCUAGUUGUGGUCCCUGGCACCAAUAGAAUAAUAACUCUAAGAAAAAAUGAAGUGAAACAGUAUGAAUUCAAUAUGUUGCGUAGAUUUAAUAGAAAUUUUAGCGACAGUAAGUGCAGAGUGAUUAUUACAAGUGAUACUGUGAAGGAAUGUAUUACUUUCAUAUCGAUAGCAGUGAACAGGUCCGGUUCACUGUUGUUUAUUUCUACCAACGAUAGUCGAGUUAUUUGUGUGGAUUUGAAGACAUAUGCACAUGUGUUUGAUUUGGAGAAUAGAAGGGGCAAUGUAAUAUCGAUGUCGGUGAGCGAGGUGGCGUGGGACGAGCUGGCGGCGGGCCCCGACGCGCUGCUCACGGGCACGGCGGGCGACGAGCACAGCGCCAAGGUGUGGUGCCUCGACGCCGCGUACGUGGCGCGCGCCCGCCAGCGCGGCGACGGCAAAGUCCGAUUAACAACAAAAUUCGAUGCGAGCUUCAUAAACGCACUCUACCCCCCGACACCCAGCACUCUAACUGCAAACGAAAAUGACCCAAAAAGCACUCAAAAUACCCCAAAACGUCACCAAUCAUUUAUUAACCAUCAAGAACCUAAAAAAUUGGUCAAAUCUACCAUGAGCUUGGACAGGCACUCGCUAAAACCAUUGAAUUUGAAGGGAAUUACUAAUGGGGAUGGCGAUAGUAUGACGCAGCCUUUAUUGGCGGUGGUCGAUGAUAAGAACAAUAUACAGGUAAUGCGAGGAAGAAAACUAAUAACAGAAAUCCCAGCAAAUUCCGACGAUCAAGUUACUAUAGUUAAAAUAUCGCCGUGCCAUAGAUACAUUGUGUAUGGGCUUAAAUGUGGCAUUGUUAGGAAAUUCAUAAUACGUUCAAAAAAAUAUAUAGAUAUAAUGGAUGUGAAUAGUCCAGUACAGUACAUGAAUUUUGUUUAUCCCAAUUUGUUGAUGGUUGCCGGUAAAAAUAAAUGUCUAAUGGCGUACAAACUGACUGCGAGUGGCGAGUGGAAGCCGGAGAUGUUGUUAAGCGGCAAUACCAAUCUCGGCUCUCAAGAAAUAUUGAAUGAUAUACAAGGUGUAAAAAAGAAAUCGAGCCAGUCAGAGAAAACAUCUAGUUCAGGAAGCGAUACGAGCUUGAAUUCAAAAGAGCGUUUAUUUCCCAACUGCGAUAAGAGAGGCCUUUGCAAGGGGAGCAGUUUGGUCGACUGCUACUGGAUAUCGGACUUAGGUCUAAUAACCGUUGAAUCUAAUGCUACUAUUAAAUUAUGGGAUAAUAAUUUAAAACUAACAAGUGUUUUAAGUGGACGCCAGGCCGACGUUUGUAUCUGCUGUUCGGCUUUGCAAAAGAAAAUUUUGGUUAUCUGUGAUUAUUAUAAUAGUUCCUUCCAGGUAUUUGAAAUAAAGACCAGUGAUGAGGUGUAUUUAGAAUUCAUACAAGAAGAUAGACUAAACAUCAGGAUAUGCUCGUGUGCUCUAACGACAGACGGCAAUAUACUCGCUUUGGGCUCUGACUCUGGCGAUGUUGUGGUCUGGAAUGUUCAUAGCAAAAAGCAGAUCACUCUAUUGACCCUGCAUAAAUCAAAAGUGCAGUGGUGUGGGUUCUCUCCCACCCCGGACCGGCUCUAUCGCUCUGUACAUUCACCUUCAACCCUCUCGCCGCAGCCGUCCUACGAGGAUGAGGAACAACCCCCGCUGGUCCUCGUGACCAUGGCCUCGGAGAUCGUGUGGUGGAAUAUGACGUAUGUUAUACGAAUGCGAAGGAAAGGGUUAAGGACGAGUCUAAACGUCAUAACUCCACUCGCAAGUCCGCUAGAUACGAGAAACGACUUGCACUCAGAUGAUAAUGCUAAUACGAAUCCCUUCAAUAAUUUCUUCUUUGGGGAUAAUCUCCUUAACCCAAAGACAUGUUGGAAAGUUAAUUGGAAAAAGAAAACAUACAAAGAGGGCUCAAAGCGUAAAGACAUUCUUGCCUGCAUCAAGUUAUCCGGCAUGAGUGCAGAACGCAUCUGUUUUGAUAAGAAGUUUUCCUGUUUUAUCACGGUGGACCAUCCCGGACAUAUUCACAUUAUGAAACUUAUGGGGACCUAUGAAUCA